CCGCUGCACACUUCCGGUACCGUCCGGCUUUGGCGCCAAGAACGGGAUAAACAAACCCCAGAGACACGGAGGCGGGCAUGGGGCUGCUGGAGAAAUGCCAGGAGUAUUUUGGGACCUCCAACCUCUAUCGUGUUCUGGCUGUGAGGAAAGAGGCCACAGAGGGAGAGAUCCGGAGGGGAUAUCACAAGGUUUCUCUCAAAGUCCAUCCAGACCGGGUGACUGAGGAUGAGAAGGAAGAAGCCACUCAGAGAUUCCAGAUCCUGGGUAAAGUGUACGCUGUGCUGAGUGAGGAGGAGCUGCGGGCAGUGUACGAUGAGCAGGGCAUCGUGGAUGAGGAAGUGGAGACCCUGAGUCAAGAGCGGGACUGGCAAGAGUACUGGAGGCUGCUCUUCAAAAAGGUGACGGUGGGAGACAUUAAGGAGUUUGAGCAGAGGUAUAAGGGCUCAGAAGAGGAGAGGGUGGACGUGAAGCAGGCUUACCUGGACCUGAAGGGCGACAUGGAUGGAAUCAUGGAGUCACUGAUGUGUACCACGUUUGAGGAUGAACCGCGGAUACGGGAGAUACUGGAGAAGGCCCUCGACGCCCAGGAGAUCCCAGCGUUCCAGGCCUUCACCAAGGAGAGCACCAAGAAACAGAAAGCCAGGAAAAGGAGGGGAGAGAAAGAGGCCAAAGAGGCGGAGGAGGCCAAGAAGGAGCUCGACUUAGAUGACGGGGACGAUUCCCUGAAAUUGCUGAUCCAGCAAAAGCAGAAAAAUCGGGGGAAGGAGAUGGACAAUUUCCUGGCAGCCAUGGAAGCCAAGUACUGCAAAAACACCCAGAAAAGUGGGAAGAAAACAGCCAAGAAAAGGAUGAAGUGAACGAUUCAGAGUCUCUCUGAGGGACGCCAGGCAGAUUGGUACGCUCCCAGACAUAUUAGCACAUGGCUGCAACAUAGACAAUUAACUGUUCUGAGACUGGAACAGAACAGCUGUGAUGAGAGAUGAACCUAUUUUUUGGGAAGUACAAAAAGAGAGCACACGGUGUCCUCUACUUCUGACAUUGUCUCACAUAAACUGUCUUGAACUGGUGCACGUUGUGUUUAAAGCACAGGACCUGUGCUGGACAGAUCAUCUCACUCAUCUGUGUCUGCUGUUUGCUGGAGAUUAAAAACAGUUAUGUUGGAUGAUUUUUUCUUUGCUCUUUUUCUAACCCACCUGUCCCCCCUCCCACAAAAAAAUCACCUUUUUUGGGGGUCAGCCGGAUGUCUGGCACAUGCGGAAACCCAUCACCAUGCUUGAGUAUCCAAACCAAAUCCAGAAUUCCAUGCAUCCACCUACGCAAGGAAAUUCUAAAGAUAGAUUGUUGGAAUGGACGCACUCUUUCCCUGGAGGGAGUCAUCCUCCUUACCUAAUUCUGGAAAUUAUUAGGCGCAGAUUGGCAAGAGACAAGACUUGGGGAUCCUAGAGUGUGUGUUGGAGUAACUGCUGCAGUCUAAUCAGCUAAAACCACAUAGCUUACCAUUGAUACAGUAUUGCUUUUCCACAAAAUGGGAAUGAACCUUCCCGUGUGUCUGGCAGUGAAUCCGGCUUCCCGAGUGAGCUUAUCCGUAAGAUAAACUGGAUCAUCGAAGAUGAUAUUCCGAGUUGAUACUUGUGAAAUGAAUACCUCUUACCCAGGUUAUACGGCAUCAUUUUCAGGCAGAUAAUGAUCUGUCGCCAUGUUCGUUGUAACAUCUGUAACAUGAAUGGAGUGAUGAGGCAAAAUGGAACUCCUUUCAGCUCUGUAGUCUCAUAUCAUUCACUGUAUGUAAUGGGGUAACAGGAAUUUGUGGGCAUCCUGUACUGUUGGGAGGAGUGAGAGGGUUAAGAGUUUGACCCUACUUUUGAUUCUGUACCUUUUAUAUUUUCUGAAUAGAAUUGUGCACAUCAUAGUUCAAUUUUGAGCAUUUGAAAUAAGGUUUAUAACCAGUGGUGCCCGUCAGUGGCGGUGGUGAAGUGUUAUUGGUUACAAUGCUGUACAAAGCCUGGUCACUAAUGGUCUCAAUUCUCCUGCAAUGUAUUCGCUGAUCCUUUACUUUCAAUAAAAAAUAAUAAAUUCUUACAUUUGA